CGCGACGUAAUCCUGAAGGAAUGUUCCCCCCAAACUUCAAUUGUACUGCAUAUCGCGUGUUCUGCGAAGCUCGAGCUUACUCCUCCCACGAUUCGAAACUCCCCUCGUCAACUUGCGCCUCCGCUUUACUUCAGGGCUAAGCAGCGCAGUAGAUUUCCCCAAUCGUCCUGAAGAUUACCCCGCAAUUUUCGGCAACCCAAGCCUAGCACAACACAAUAUCACUCCAAGACGCAGUCCCUCCUUAAUUGUUAAGGGAAGAAAAAACCAGCCAAUCCCCAAACCAAUUCAAACCAACGCACCCACCCGCCAACCAAGAUGUCCAAGCCCAUCCCCAUCGUGGACUCACACAUCCACCUAUUCCCCGAAUCCCACCUACCGACCUUGGCCUGGCACGGGCCCCAAAACCCACUGGGCGCUCAGCACUCGGUCACCGAGUACCGCCAGGCGACUGCCUCUGCCUCCGCGAUCGCGACCAGCCCGAGCGCCGCCCGCGGCGCAGCGCCCUAUCUCCGGGGCUUCAUCUUCCUAGAGACCGACCGCAUCUCCUCGGUGGAGGAAGACUCGGAGAACCGCGGCUGGUCCCACGCGCUGGACGAGGUCUCCCUCCUGACGCGGAUCAUCGCGGGCGACCCCGUGCCCGGGGAGGGCCAUACGGCGGCGGAUCGCCAUCUGUGUCUUGGGAUGGUGCCGUGGGCGCCGGUACCCGGGGGUCCCGGGGUGUUGGAGAGGUAUAUGGGGCUGGUGCGGGAGCGGACGGGGGAUGCUCUGUUCCACAAAGUCUGCGGGGUUCGGUAUCUGGUUCAGGAUAAGCCGGCCGGGGUGAUGGUGCAGGCGGGGUUCGUGAAGGGGUUGCGAUGGCUGGGGCGACAGGGGCUGGCGUUCGAUCUGGGGGUCGAUGCGAGGCAAGGCGGGAUGUGGCAGUUGAGGGAGGCGGCGGAGAUGUUGAGGUUGGUGUUUCGGGAUGGGUCGCGCGUGAAGGUCGUUAUUAAUCAUCUCUGUAAGCCGAAUCUUCGCCUGCCGUAUCGUGGCCCGGCUUCUGUUGCUACUCAUCCGGAUUUCUUGGAGUGGUCGGCCUUGAUCAUGGCCAUGGCGCAGUAUCCUUCGACGUUUAUGAAGCUCUCCGGAGGGUUCUCGGAGCUGCUGCCGCUGGAGGAGGGGACGGAGCCGGAUGUCAAGGCGCUGGUGGACAGGAUUCAGCCGUGGACUGAUCUCGUGUUCGAUGUCUUUGGGCCGCAGAGGGUCAUGUUUGGGUCGGAUUGGCCGGUUUGCAAUGUCGGCGGCGGAGGGAAUGCGGUUUCGUGGGGCCGGUGGAAGAGGGUCGUCGAGGAGAUCUUGGACCGCAGAGGCUUGUCCCAGGCGGAGAGAGAAGGGGUUUGGGGCGGUGUUGCUGUCAAGGCUUACGGCGUGGAGAUUUGAGUCUGUACUUAAUGGUUACGCUCAGGCUUAUUCAUAGCUAGCUAUAUAUGCGACGUGAUAUGCAAGGUCUCGGU